UAAGGUGGAGGAGGACGGGGUUUUCAGUGACCAGCACCUGGAUAACCUGGAGAGGAGCUGCAGCUCGGACCAGGAGGAACCAGGGCAUCCACAGACUACAGAACUGGAGGAAGACUCCAGCGGUCAGGAGAUGAAGCACGAGGACGUAGAGGUGGAUGUCUCAUUGGUCAAUGUCGCUGAUGUGAAAGUUGAAAAUGGUGAACCAGGACCAAACUGUGUCCAGCUGCUGUUGCACACUUCUCCUGAAGCUCAAAACAAAGAUGAGGAAGGGACUGAAAGUUUACGCUCAGACUCCAGUAAAACUGCAGAUCCGGAGCCAAUGAGACGACACGGUGACCACGAAGAUGCUGCUGUCCCGUCAGACAGCAACUGUGAAUCAAAGCUGACCAGGACCCACACGGGGAAGAAGGUAUUUUCUUGUAGAACCUGCAUGAAAAAGUUCAGUAAAAGUUGUAAUUUAAUGGAUCACAUGAAGAUCCACACUGGCGAAAGGCCGUACCUGUGCAACACCUGCGGAAAAUCGUUUACUCAAUACUCAGUUCUUAAACGGCACAUAACCAUGCACACGGGCGAGAAGCCCUACAUCUGCAAAACAUGUGGAAAGAGUUACAUGCAACUUUCCACCUUGGUGGUUCACUCGAGGAUUCACACUGGUGAAAGGCCGUACCUGUGCAACACCUGCAGCAAAACCUUUACUAAUUCAUCACAUCUUAAACGCCACAUAACCACGCACACGGGCGUGAAGCCCUACAUCUGCAAAACAUGUGGAAAAGGUUUCACGCAACGUUCAAGCCUCGUGAUGCACUCGAGGAUCCACACCGGUGAAAGGCCGUACGUGUGCAACACGUGCAGCAAAACCUUUACUCUAUUAUCAACUCUUAACCGCCACAUAAACACGCACACGGGUGAGAAGCGAUAUUUGUGCAAGACGUGCAACAAAGGUUUUAGCCGCAGAAUUGGUUUGCUGAGUCACAUGAAAAUUCACCCGGAGGAGAAGUCUGGUGACUCGUGACAAAUGAUGUCGUUCUCCGGGGGCAGCUGUCCACUCCUGUCUGACCCACAGAAGAAGAACCUGCAGAAGUCCAACCACCACCUCCUGUGGCUGAUGAGCCUAAUCCCCUCCCCACAAGGGUUGCAGGUUCAACCCGGUUUUAUGCUUCUCCGUCAACUUGACGCAGAGGGAACGAUGUGGUUGUUUACUUUUUUUUAAAGUUCUGCAUUAGGUUUGUUUGAAUCCCUGUUCCUUCUUAAAAUCGUAUUAUUUGUUGCUUUUGGUAACUUGCCGUCUCCACCGUGCAAAUAAAGAGCUGUUA